UAUCGCGAGAAAACGCGACGGGGAGGCGACAGUCUUGCGAUUGCGCAGCAAAAAACGUCUUCGUGUACUUAGCGUUCCAUCGGUGGCAAUCCUUCGACAUCAUGUCUUUCCGAGGAAACGAAUGCAGGAUCUACGUCGGAAAUUUGCCCCCGGACAUCAGGAGCAAGGAUAUUGAGGAUUUGUUUUACAAAUUCGGCAAGAUAACUUUCAUCGACUUGAAGAACCGCAGGGGUCCGCCAUUCGCUUUUGUUGAAUUCGACGACCCCAGAGAUGCAGAGGAUGCGGUGCAAGCCCGAGAUGGCUAUGACUAUGAUGGCUACCGCUUGCGUGUGGAAUUCCCCCGGGGCUCUGCACCCGGGCGAGGCAGCAUGGGACCCGGCAGGGGCAGAGGUCCUCCUGCCCGGAGGUCCCAGUACAGAGUUCUUGUUUCAGGUUUGCCCCCUAGUGGCAGCUGGCAGGACCUGAAGGAUCACAUGCGGGAGGCUGGUGAUGUUUGCUAUGCUGAUGUGUUCAAGGAUGGUACUGGUGUCGUGGAGUUCCUCCGAUAUGAGGACAUGAAAUAUGCUGUCAAGAAGCUGGAUGACUCGCGCUUUCGGUCCCAUGAGGGUGAAGUGUCGUACAUCAGGGUGCGUGAAGACUACAGCAGCCGCUCGCGCAGCCGAAGCCGCAGCUACUCUCCACGCCGCUCUCGUGGUUCUCCCACGUACUCUCCAGCCCGCCGGUCUGGGUCACGAACACCAUCACUCCGCUCCUGCUCGCACUCCAACUGAACUGGGAACAUUUUGAGGUCUGAUGUACGAUGGACAGCAUUGUGCGCUCCACAGGCAACCUUUCCGACCAGGGUUUUUUUUUUUUUUUUUUUGUGAAUCAUUGUAGCUUCAUUACUUUUGUUUUCUUGCAUUGCUGUGGUUGAUCCAAAGUGUUGUUGCACUGUGUAAUUUCGGGCCGUAGCAUUGGGUACCAUCCCAUCAUUGUUCAAAAUCCGGAAGGUCAGCUGUCCGCUGUUAGAAAUUUUUUACUCCAAAGUAGAGUUCCCAGGCAAUCAUUGAUGCUGAGCAUUAGCAACUGGCUUCCAGCUUUAUUAGAGUAGUCAGAAUUAGCACCUGUCAUACUAAUUCUAUGUCCAAAUGAUUUUCGUGCAUAUGCAUAGAUUAAUUUUUGUUCUUUAUUCAAGUACUGCUUAAAUUGUCGCUUUUGUAGUGUGGGAAUGUCAUUUUUGCAUCACCAUUUCAUUAGCCCCCGUUUUGUGACAAGCCAUGUACAGAUUGUUUUUCACCUUUAUUCUUGUCACCAGAGUAGCGCACAUGUAGAAAUCGUAUGCAUACACAUGCACUUUCAGCCUG